AUGACAACCCCCACGGCAGCCUCCGCAGCUUACGUGGAUGAUUCAAGUAGUUGGGACACCUUGGAUUUAGACCCUCGUUUGUUACAAGCCAUCGAUCAAUUAGGAUUUGAAAAGCCAACCCUCAUACAAUCUCAUUCCAUCCCUUUAGCUCUUGAACAAAAGAGAGACAUCAUAGCCAAGGCAUCCACAGGUUCAGGAAAGACUGGUGCUUAUGGUAUACCCAUAGUACAAACAAUCUUAACCAAUAAUGACUCAGUGGGGAUUCAAAGUAUAGUGUUGGUUCCUACCAGAGAACUCUCAAAUCAAGUGGUUCAAUUCUUUGAGAAAUUGACCAUGUAUUGUAAAAAUGACGUUAAAUUACUUGACUUACUGGCAAACUACAGUGAUCAGGUGAUCAGUUCCUUACUCGGCAACAAACCGGAUAUUCUUGUGGCCACUCCGUCCAAGUUAAUUUCCACUUUAGAGAAACAGAAUGGAGGUAUUGAUUUAAGUCAAGUAAAAAUCAUGGCUAUUGAUGAAGUGGAUUUAAUUUUAUCAUUUGGAUAUUUGGAUGAUUUGCGUAAAUUAGAAUCUUAUUUACCCAUCAAGAAAAACCUUCAAACUUUCUUGAUGUCUGCUACUGUCAACGAUGACUUGCAAGAGUUAAAAGAGAAGUACUGUUCCAAACCUGCUAUAGUCAAGCUUAACGAUGAUGUUUCUCAAAGCAAGCUUACUCAGUAUUAUACUAAGACUACCGAAUUUGAUAAGUUUUUAUUAUGUUAUGUUAUCUUCAAGUUGAACUUAAUUAAAGGGAAGGCAUUAGUAUUUGUUAAUGACAUCGAUAGAGGAUACAGAUUGAAACUCUUUUUGGAACAAUUUGGGGUCAGAUGUUGUAUUUUAAAUAGUGAGUUACCUGUUAACUCCAGAUUGCAUAUAGUGGAAGAGUUCAAUAAGAAUGUCUACAACUUAUUAAUUGCCACGGAUGAAACCAAUGAUUUCACCGUCGAAAACGAUGAAAAGGAUGAAGCAGCAGAAGAUGAAGACGACAUACAAGAUAAGGAAGAGAAUGAAGGUAAGAAACAACCUUCUCGUUCUAAGAAGUCAAGAAAAUCCGCUAAACGUGAUAAGGAAUACGGGGUUUCAAGAGGUAUUGAUUUCAGAAACGUUGCUUGUGUUUUAAAUUUUGAUUUACCAGUGACUUCGAAAGCUUACAUUCACAGAAUAGGAAGAACAGCAAGAGCAGGAAAAGCAGGUAUGGCACUUUCAUUUGUGUUACCUCAAAAGGAAUAUGGAAAGCAUAAAGUUGCAUGUUUAACAACCGCUAAAAGAGAUGAGAAGGUAUUAAAGAGAAUCAUUAGACAACAAAGUGCCAAUGGGUUUGAACUUAAACCUUAUCAAUUUGAUAUGAAGCAAGUUGAAGGGUUCCGUUACAGAAGUGAGGAUGCUUUCAGAGCUGUCACGGCGACAGCCAUUAGAGAAGCACGGAUAAAAGAGAUUAAAAAUGAGAUAAUUAAUUCGGAUAAAUUGAAGAGAUUCUUUGAAGAGAACCCUCAAGAUUUAAUUGCCUUGAGACACGAUAAAGAGUUGCAUCCUUCGAGAGUUCAAUCGCAUUUAAAGAGAGUUCCGGAUUAUCUUUUACCCGAGGCAGCCAGAUCAGAUGUUAAGAACAUUGGCUUCAUACCUUUUCAGAAACAUAAAAUCCACAAGAAUAACCGUAAGAGGAAGAAUGGAGGGAAGAAAGCAGACCCAUUAAAGAUGAAAAAACGGUGA